CUCCACGUCAUGUACUCCAUUAAAUGUUCCAAAAUAUUUUGGGCUUGAUUCCAAAAAACAAAUUAUCACGAAUAGCGAUGUUUGACAAUCCAACAAACAUGGUUCCAUUCACCUUUUUUUGCCACCUGUAAAUCGCGAUAUUUUAAAUAAUUUAUUUCCUCUUCCACAGAUACGAAUUUUUUUAUAAAGAAUAAUACGUAACACUCUAAAACAACACAAAUAUCAUAAUUUCUCCACGAACUGACUAAGAGAGGUACCAAGAAGAAAACCAGAGAAGAAUCUUCUUUAGAGAGAUGGGUGUGGUAGAAGAAGCUCACAACGUGAAGGUGAUUGGUUCAGGAGAAGCCACGAUCGUGUUAGGUCACGGGUUCGGCACGGACCAGUCAGUAUGGAAACACUUGGUUCCACAUCUGGUCGACGAUUACCGCGUCGUCCUCUACGACAACAUGGGAGCCGGUACGACCAACCCUGACUAUUUCGACUUCGAUCGUUACUCAAAUCUCGAAGGCUACUCUUUCGAUUUGAUUGCAAUCUUGGAAGAUCUCAAGAUUGAGUCUUGUAUCUUUGUUGGCCACUCUGUUUCUGCCAUGAUUGGUGUCUUGGCUUCUCUUAACCGUCCUGAUCUCUUCUCCAAAAUCGUCAUGAUCUCUGCUUCUCCGAGAUACGUAAACGAUGUUGAUUACCAAGGUGGAUUCGAACAAGAAGACUUAAACCAACUAUUCGAAGCCAUCCGAAGCAACUACAAAGCGUGGUGCUUAGGUUUCGCUCCACUCGCCGUCGGUGGCGACAUGGACUCCAUCGCCGUUCAAGAAUUCAGCAGAACACUCUUCAAUAUGCGUCCCGACAUAGCUCUCUCCGUCGGCCAGACCAUUUUCCAAAGUGACAUGAGACAGAUCUUACCUUUUGUCACUGUUCCGUGUCACAUUCUCCAAAGUGUUAAGGACUUAGCUGUACCAGUCGUUGUCUCCGAGUAUCUUCACGCCAAUCUUGGCUGUGAAUCCGUCGUCGAGGUUAUUCCUUCUGAUGGUCAUCUUCCUCAGCUUAGCUCACCAGAUUCUGUUAUUCCUGUCAUCCUCCGUCACAUUCGUAAUGACAUUGCUAUGUGAUUGUAAGAGAUUUAAUUAGUUAAUUAUUAAACGAUGUAAGAAAAGUUGAAAAAAAAUAUCUGAUGUGAUAUGUCUGUCUAGUCUAUUGAGAACAUUAUUUCGUUGUCGUUUGGUUCUGAUUCGUUUAUCUUGAGUAUCUUGAUCUUUGUUGUUCUUAUCUUGUUUAACGAAAAGUCUCUGUCUUUUGUCCACAGCUUUGCUCAGAGCUCAUUAUUGCUUGAUGUAAUAGUGAUGUUCGUAAUUGAUGGUCCAUAGUGAAUUAUUGCAACUUUGCAAGAGUGCUUGUGCUAUACUGUGUGAAGAGUAAUUAACAUGUGAUACUAGGAAUUAGCAUUGAGUUUGCAUUUAUGGAUGGGUAAUCCAAACCAUAAAACAUACAUAUUGUG